CAGCACAGGAAAGAUCAGCUCUAAGUGAACUAUAAUUUAAAAAUAUUGUUCUUUCGUUGUUCAAAUUUUCAUUCCACCACUAUGAUAAACAUCUUACAUUUUAUCAUUAGAAAGUUAAUUGUUUUAUACAAAUGUGUGGAGUUCCAAAUCCUAGAUCUAUUCAACGGAUCAAUAGAGCGAUCCAUUACCAACAAGUUAGAAAAAAUUGGCGUUGUGUUUGAAUCGGUUGGAAGCAAAAGAGAUGAUAAUUACGAACACAUAUUAGAGAAAUGCAAAUACGAUAAAAUAUGUCGUCUGCAACUCAUCAAUAAACGUUUAUUAACGGAUAUGACAAAUCGCGGCAACAUCGCACUGGGCGAAGGAUAUAUGAACGGUGACUUUAAAUUUACUAAUGAUGAAAGUGACAUCACGGAAUUUGUGACACGCUGUUUGAGUAACAAUUACUUUCGACAUUAUUUCAAUUGUUGGAACUCACUUUUAUACGAUGUGGAGUUUGAAUGGAUAAAUUUACAAACUUCUUCGAAAGCAUGGGAAGUGGGAAAGAAGCACUACGAUUUAGGAAAUGCGUUCUUCCGUUCAUUUUUGGGUUCGAAUAUGGUAUAUUCGUCUGCAUAUUGGGCGAACGCAGACACCCUGGACAAGGCGCAAAUUGAUAAACUGGAAUUGAUUGCGAAAAAGCUCGAUUUGAAGCCUGGUAUGGUUGUUCUUGACCUUGGAUGCGGAUGGGGAACCUUAUGUAAAUAUUUAGCGGAAAACUAUGGAGUGAGUUGUGUAGGAAUAACAGUAUCGAAAGAGGGUUAUGAAUAUGCCAAACGCAUGUGUCACGGCUUGCCAAUCGAGUUUCUUCUGGAAGAUUAUCGACAACUUAAUCAAAAGUUCGAUCGAAUAGUGUCUAUUGAAAUGUCGGAGCAUGUUGGAUUCCGAAACUAUCGAGAGUUUCUUGAGGUGGUCUAUCGAUGCUUAAAGCCAGAUGGGAUAUUUUUGUUACACGUAACAACUAUCACAGAUUCAACCAUUAAGCGCAUAGACACUUUCAUUCAUCAGCACUGUUAUCCAAACAUAAGUUAUCCACAUACUCAGGACAUCACUAAAGGAAUUGAUGGUCUACUCGUUAUUGAGGACUGGCAUAAUAUGUCAAUUGAUUUCGGGAAAACGUGUUUUGCAUGGCGAGAGAAUUUUAUCAAAAAUUGGUCAACAAUUAGUAACCAGUAUGAUGAACAAUUUUACAGAAUGUGGACGUACUUUCUGUCAGUAGGAGAAGCCGGCUUUAAUAGUAAAAAAUAUGAAUUAGCGCAAAUUGUUUUUACAAGGCCAGAAUUUAAAAGUCGAUACAUCGUCGCCCGGUAAAUUGUACUGAACUAUUUAAAACGAGUACGAUAAUCGUAAUUGUUGACAAAAAUAAGUAAUGUGAUGUUGUAUCAACCUGUUGAAAGUAUUUCUAUCAAAUGAAGUAACAGAUUCAGAAAUUAUACUUGCUGCUUCUGAAAGGCUGAGAGUACUGUAUUAUUUUUUCAUUUUUUUUUUUUCAUUUAUUAAAUGUUGUUCGAGCGCUAUGAGUUUUCAGAGCAGGGGUACAUCGAUCUUCUACAUUACUUACACUCCUAUUGCAUUAAAAUGUGAAAUUAAACUGAAGAAGAGAUUUUCAUCACUGCGCUACUUUUGUAUACUCUCCACCUACACGGAAAAUUCGGCAAAUUCGACAUUUGUUGUGUGCUGCAUAUAUUUGCUGCA